GAUUGACGGUGUGCGUUUUAAGGACACUGACUGGGCUCAAAAUCAAAACGAACAUGGAGACGUGUGUGCUGAUACCGCAGGAGUUCGCUCUCGCCGUGACCGGGCUGGGGGCGCGAAAUUCGCGUGAACAAACCGCAACCGUGUGGUCCAGCAGGGCCAUCGCCCAAGGGAUGCUCUGCUAUCCCUUCCAAGGCACGGUUCGCAUCGAUAAUUUGGACAUCUUUUCAACGAUCCAGGAAGACGACAUUCGACAUCGGUUCGGACUCUACGACGAGAUAACCGCCGUCAAUGGGCGAACGGUGCGCCACUGCAACUGGAUCCGGUUCCUGCGCGUGUCGGAAACGUACGGGCCGCAGGUGAACGUGGUGUGCGCCAAGGUGAAAGGUGAGCCGAUCUACGAGAUCGUGAAGCCGAUCCCGUCGCACCAGGAGCUGGUCGUCUACUACCUUCCCGAGGGUCCCGAGGAGCUCUUCUUCAUCCGGAUGCGCAAUCAGCUGUAUCGGCAAACGAUGGACUCGAUUCUGGAAGAUUCCCCGCUGGAUCUCUCGACGUCGCUGCUGUCGCGGGUCAUGCUGCCGAUCUCGCCGCCGUCGGGCGCCGAGGACGAGCACAAGUCGGUGUCGGGCGACGACUCAUCGAUCUCGAUUUCAUCCGGGGCCAGCACCGGCGACCGCUGCGACGGGGCCGCCCUCGACCUGGAGCUGGCCGCCAUCACGGCCGGGGCCGCGCGCUCCUCGCCGAAGGCCCGCCCGGCGCCGCGCUCCGAGCGGGCCAUGCUGCCGUGCGAGGUCUGCGGCAAGGCCUUCGACCGUCCUAGUCUCCUGAAGCGACACAUGCGCACGCACACCGGCGAAAAGCCGCACGUCUGCGGCGUCUGCGGCAAGGGCUUCAGCACGUCCAGCUCGCUCAAUACCCACGUCCGGAUACACUCGGGCGAGAAGCCGCACCAGUGUCAGGUGUGCGGCAAACGCUUCACCGCCAGCUCCAAUCUCUACUACCACCGCAUGACGCACAUCAAGGACAAACCCCACAAGUGCAGCCUCUGCUCCAAGUCCUUCCCGACGCCGGGCGAUCUCAAGUCGCACAUGUACGUCCACAACGGGUCCUGGCCGUUCAAGUGUCACAUCUGCUCCCGGGGCUUCUCCAAGCAGACGAACCUGAAAAAUCACCUCUUCCUGCACACCGGUGAUAAGCCGCACGUCUGCGAAAUCUGCAACAAAUCGUUCGCGCUCGCCUGCAACCUGAAGGCGCACAUGAAGACGCACGAGGACACGGCGUCGAGCCACGAGGGCGAGUCGAACCGCAGCACCCACAGCCACAGCGAGGGCGAGGAGUCCAGCUCGUCACCGCCAUCGUCGCUACAGGGCAGCCAGCAGCCAGACGCCGACCGGUUAGCUUCCUUCUCGAAGCAUCUCCUGUUCUCGAGCUACACCAAACAGAUGCUGUCCGGGGUCGGUUGAUAGGUGGCAGGAUCGGCCGGCAACAGGAUCGGCCGGCAGCAGGGUCGUCCGGAAGGGUGACGGCCACACUUUCUUCUCGCUGGCACGAAGAUUGCCAGGAUGCGUUCAGCUGAGGCUCGCUGAUCGCGCAAGACUCGCGCAGGAUACGGGGUCGUCCAACAGCACAUCGCAUCCUUAAUUCGUAAGACCCACACACAGUCACGCUCACUGUCUAUUCACCGGGCGGCAGCGGAACUCGGAAGAUGCCAACCCACUCAGCACUUCUGCGCGCUGGCCAUCGCGAGCGAGGACACUGCACAGGCGCACUCCGAUUUGUAAAUAGUGAUCUUUCGGUUCGGUCCGGCCUAAGCCAGA